AUGGUUCGCGUCACCGAGGAGCUGGCUCUAUCGCCAGAUCAUCUCACUCUUUAUCAAGCUACCGACCCCUUACUAGGUCAUCUUCCCUUGCUCAUACUUCACGGACCAUCUACAACCGCAAAUUAUACCUUAAAUAGUUCAAGAGUCCAGGUUCACGUAUAUACCCCGGCUGGUUUCCAAUCCUUUCCCCGACUUACCAUAUCCCCGAACUCGCCUUUCUAUAAUGUCGUCAACUAUCUACCCCGCGAGUUUCAGGGUGACGAGGUCUAUCGAGCUUUAGCCUUCGGUUUAUUCAAAUAUUUUCAGGAGUUGCCCGAGCAUGUGAAAGCCCACGUUAGAAACCAAUAUCCCACCAUUCGAAAUCGCCGACCCGGUUCGUUGCCCUCGCUUUUCAGUGAACAACAUGCCGCCGAUAUUGCUAAGUCAAUGGUCAGGGCGGAUACUGCCUUCGAUGUCAUUCAAAAGCUGCAGUCCGCCCUUCAGACGCAGCAUAUAAAUAAUAUCGAUAUUGAUCUUGUUUUACCACCUGGAUCCAUCAGUCCUCUCCAGCCUAUUGACCUAGAGGACCUUCCCGAGGAUGAAGACGAUAUUCUAGAUCCAACAUUGCGGCAGUAUGGAAUGUACACACCUAUUGUUAAGUUAUUCGGUGAACCCGUCUUCCUACCGACCUCGAGAUUACGACGAGCCCCCUCCAAGCCGAGCGCGUUGAAUAGAACAAGGUCUUUUUCAAAACAGCAGAAGGCAGAGUUGCGGCGGAAGAUGGACGAGUUAUUAGAGACUGAAGAACGCUACGUGGCGAAGAUGGAUGAGUUGGUGAAUCAUCUUGCACCCGAGUAUAGGCAAAAGGCCAAGGAGCAACAACCGGGGAGUUUUAGUCCUUCGGAAGAGGAUGUUGAGAAAUUAUUCCCUAGGUCGGCCGAUCAAAUUUUACAGAUUAAUACGGGUUUCAUGCAGGCUCUACGACAGAUCAUGGAAGAUACUGAAGGAGAUGCUGUGAAAGAUAUGGAAUCUGGUACUGCGUCCUCGAGAGUAGGCGUGUCUGGAAGUGUGAUGGGAAAGGGGAAAGAUGCAAGCGGAGCUGUGGCAAUGGCAAAGGUCAUGUUGGAAUGGUUUCCAAAGUUCACCGACUGUUACCAGGACUAUAUUCGAGCGAGUCAAAACUUCCCUCAGCUAAUUACAUCCUUUAUUAGCCAACAAUCCAGCUUCUCGCAACGAGUAGCUGCCACUGGAGAGCAACACCUUCGAUCUACUGUCAUCGAGCCUGUUCAGCGGCUGCCACGCUAUAGUUUGGUCAUUGACCAAAUUGUCGGCUCUUUACCAAUUACCCAUCCCGCGCUUCAACCUAUGUUGAAAGCUAGGGAUAUUAUUGCCAACAUCUGCUCCAUGGAUGACCCGCUCACUGAUAAGCCUCAUAUUAACACACGCCUACGACACAUGAUCGAGAGUUGGCCUAUCGAUCUCGAGCCUCUUGGCCGGCUAAUUGUUGCCGCUGACUUCUCUGAGAUACCAGCCCCUUACCAAUCUGGCGCGGCUACACAGCUAGUUCCAAGUGACCAAGCCGGCAUUUUUCUACUCUUUUCAGAUUGCGUCGUGAUCGUAAGAAAAGUUUACGGUGCCAACACGUCAGCACGCGACCUACUACGUGAGAUUGACAAGCCAUCGCCGGCCGGUUUAUUGGUUUCCAUGACGAACGCGGCUGGUGGCCCAGGUUCAUACGAGCUAGCGUUUGCUGGUUGGCACUCUUUAGCCGAUGUCCGGUUUACAGAAUCUUCAGAUGGGCGUAUGGUUUGGUUGACUUCGUUGAACGAGAUGAAGGGUGCCAAUGCCGGUGAAUUUGUCACGAACACGGCAACUACUUCGCGGUGCUUCGUGCUACAAGAAUUGUACGAAGGCAAAGCCGCAAAGUGGAGCGAAGAGGUCGUCAAGGCUAGAGUAGAGGGCAGAUUCUCCGAGAAGGAGCGUGAAGAUCCUUGUUGGACUCUACGGUCUAUAAGGAUGUCUGAUACUGGCCUAGGGUUGUUUGCCGCUGUCUUUCAGGAAGGUCUCGAUCAAUUGAUAGAAGGUCGGAAGGAACCGGCCCCUGUUCGUAUCGUUAUAGACCACGAGAAGGGUACUAAAGGCGCGCCUGUCGGUCACUAUGGCGUGGAAAUAUGUUCGGAUGUAAAGACGGGGACGGGGAGUAUGAGGAAGGUGAUGGUCAUCACAAUAGGACUUAAUGGGAAGAAGGCGACCGACGAGAUUGGGCUAGAUGAUUUCCUCCCAACACUUGCUAGGAGAGUUAUUCAGCUUCUCAGUACUCAAUUCAACGUCGGAAACCCAGCGCUGACUGCUGCGAUGGUGUCAUUUCAUACAAAGGUACUUCGGGGUUUAAGUGUCUCUAGCAAAGCAGAGAAAACGAGGUCCUUCUUAGCUACAUCACCCGUGAAGUACCUCUCGAACUUCCUGAGCGGGAGCAGCAACUCGGAUACAAGCAGCAGUCACAAGCAUCAGCGUACAUUGACGGGAGAUGCUCCAAUCCUUCUUCCUAGCCGACUUAGCAGGUCUAAUAGCUCCGUUGACGCGAACUCGUUGCAUGGCUCAACCAAGAGCAGGGAUGGAAUUCGGAUUGGCGGAACCGAUGAUGAUCGACCAGAAAACCCGUUAGUUCGGCUUGAGCAAACCUUCACUGGCUAUAUGGCUAGCCUUCAGGCACGCAAAGGUAACUUUAUUGGCCGAACGCUGCUCAAUAGGUCUACUGUUGAUGAACUUUCCGUGAACGAUCUCUACAACAAACUUAUCGAAAGUCCCUUCGAUAUUGAAACUUCAUCCGAUUCGACCCCUGAUGUCAUUUUUGUUGCCUUCGAGAAGUUCGUGCGCAUCGCUUGGGGAGAACAAAUGGGCCCCAUUAUAUCGCUUAAGACAUUAGACGCUCUGCAAGAGAGAGCUUCAAAAAAGCUUCCUGGAGAUUUCGCCGACUUCGUCCAUUUCCUCUUUAGAGAUAUAGCACCUCAAAACCGAAGGGCCUUUACUGCUGUGAUUAAACUACUAGCAGACCUCCUCGACGGUUGCGCGAAUGAUAGUGACAGGGGAGCUCUCACCUUGGCAUUUGCAGAAGUCUUGGUUGAUGAUGGGGACGCGCAUAAUUACAUUAACCUACUUGAUAGGCUUGUCGAAGAUUGCGACCGAAUAUUUGAUGACGGGCCAAGCGGAUUCAGUAUAAGCAUUGAUCAGGCGGAGUCUAUCUUCGAGUCUAUGAACUCGACUACUCGCAGUGUGAGAUCGCAUACUGGAUCGUUUGCUUCGAAUACAUCCUCUAUAAGAAGGAAAUUUGGGCUAGAAAACUUUUUAUCAAGACAAAAUAGCAAGAAUGAUUUGGAUACCAGACCAUCUGUAUGGCGUACUCUGAGCAAACACAACAGGAAUCCAGCCACCGGUGAGACGACACCAACUUUGGCUAGAAGUCCUGUGAUUAGGACAAAGUCUGAAAUUGGUACACCGUCUAGUCCGAAUAGGAUAAGACGACCUGGGUCGCGCGACAGACCUCCUAUCACAGGUGCCUUCGACGAUAGCUAUUCACGGCCAAAUAGUUCACAAAAGCUUGAAACAAUUGGGGAACCUGAGACUGAAGAGAAUUUCCUUAACACCCCGAGGAGGAAACGUCGAAGUUCACUAUCAGAUCUUAAGAGCCUUAUGGAGGCAGCAACCCUCGAAGACGAACCGCUGCAACCUCUCUCCCAUAUGAAGCAAACUUCAGAAAAGUUCAAUUCUGGGCCACGUAUUCCACCGCCAUCCAAAAUUCCAACUAGCCCGCCCUCGCAAUAUAGCAGUCUAGCUAUUCGCUCAUCCCGCCAAAAGGAAAAUGUUGAAGACCCUUUCCAAUCGUCGAACGAAUCGCCGAAGAAGGGGCAUGCUAAGAUGCUUUCAACUUCUAAUAUCCCAACUCUGAGACGUGAUAAUAGUUCGGCAGCUGAAUCAACCUCUAGACCUACUUCUAGCCCAAGUAAGUCUCCAGGGAAGCUUCGAUUGCAGUCAACGCAGAAACUUCGAGAACGGUUGCAAACGGAAAAGAGAGCUAUCGAGGAUGUAGAUGCCAAUUUGCAGUUGGAACUCUCAAAGAUCGCUGCAGAUAUGGCUAAGGUCAACUCAUCUCUGCCACGUACCUCGACAAUUGACAUGAGGAAGCUAUCCGCCAACUUGAGAACCCUCGAGGACCGUGUUCCUAUGCUUGUCGCGCAGUUGUUGGACCGACAAGACCAACUCCAGUAUGAUAUGGACAACACUGUCAGGGCAGCCGAGGGGAAAGUCAGAGCGAUCGAUCAGUUGUACAAAGAGACGAUGGCAGAGAACGAGAUACUGUACGAGAAAUUUAACGGCGAACUAGGCAAGAUUGUCAAAGCGCUUAAGGGCAAAGGGCGCGAUGAUAAGGAAGAUAUUAUAACGCGCAUGAGAGACUACAGCGAGGAGACAGCCCGCGUGAAACGGGAAAACGCGCGCCUCCGCCGAGAAAUGGCCAGCUUGCGGGCCCUCAUGAAAGGCGGCGGCAGCAGCGGCGGAGGUGGUGGUGACGCCUAG